GCAGGAAGCACGGAAGACUGGAGAGGAGGGGGACCUAGGGAGUCUAGGCGACGGGGCGUGACGGAGCUGGAAGGUUGUGGGAGAGGGCCGGGCAGGAGCCGGCGGGAGGGCCAGGCCUGGAGGCCCCCACCCUGGCGUGCCCGCUCCGGCCGCAAUUGAGGAGGAAGAGGAUGAUUUCCAGAUACACUCGGAAGGCGGUGCCACAGAGCUUGGAACUGAAAGGAAUAACAAAAUAUGCUCUUAAUCAUCAUCCCCUUCCAGAGCAGCUGGAUGAACUGUCCUCUACCAAUGGCAGCCAUGAAAAAGACACAAGUUCCCAAAGGAACUUGAUCAAAAUGCCACUGAAAAAGUCCAGGCAAUGUUCACAGCCAUUGACGAGCUCUUGUAUGAGCAGAAGUUGAGUGUGCAUACCAAGAGUCUACAAGAAGAGUGCCAACAGUGGACAUGUAGUUUUCCUCACCUCAGAUUUGGUAUUAGGGGAAAGAAGUUACACUUUUCUUCUUAUGUUCAUAAAGCAUCUUCCAUUGCCAAAUCCCCUAGCUUGUGUUCUAUGGAAAAGGAAGAGGAAGACUGUAUAAUCUUCUCUGAAGGAAUAAUAGAGGAAUACCUAGCAUUCGACCACACAGAUAUGGAAGAAGGGUUUCCUGGAAAGAAAUCAGAAGCAGCUCCAGAGAAACAGAAACUAGGGUACCCUCCCAUUGUUCCAUUUUACUGCAUGAAAGAGGAUGUCCUUGCUUACGUGUUUGAUGACAUGUGGAGCAAGGUCCUGAGCUGUAUGGCACAAUUGACACGUAGCCACUGGGAGGGAUUUGCUUCUGAUGAUGAGAGUAGUGUUGAAAUCACCAGAUCAGCUUCAGAAAGCCCCUGUGUGCUGAGUGAACCACCACCUCUGGUCUUACCUCGAGUGCCACAGUCUAAGGUGCUGUCCAUCACCUCAAAUCCGAUGAGUUUCUGUCAAGCAGCAAGUGGUCAUCAGCCAAAUGUGAAUGGUCUCUUGGUUCAUGGGAUGCCUCUACACCCAAGAAAUGUCUCCCUAAUGGACAAACUCCUAGAUCUUGAUGACAAGCUACUUACAAGGCCUGGGUCCAGUACCAUCCUUUCAACCCGAAAUUGGUCACAUCGAGCCAUGGAGCUUUGUACAUCAUCUCUGUCAUAUACAGUGCAGCCCACCAGGAGACGCAACCCCCCACCACGUACCCUUCAUCCCAUCAGCACAAGCCAUUCACGCGCUGGAACGCCAAGACCUGCGGAAGAAAUCUUCAGAGGUUCCCGACUCCCUGUGGCAGCCGACUCGCUCUCUUCUCCCUCACCAAUGCCCCUGAGUCGAAAUAAUCUGCUGCCCCCUAUUGGCACAGCUGAAGUGGAACACCUGAGAACUGUAGGGCCACAAAGGCAAACGAAAAGCCAUGGCAAUACCAAUCGAGCUCGAAGUGCAGUGGUAGAUGAGCCUAACCAUCAGCAGCCCCAGGAAAGGCUCCUUUUACCUGACUUUUUCUCCAGGCCCAACACAACUCAGUCAUUUUUGCCGGACACACAGUAUCGUCAUUCAUGCGUUGAGUAUCCACAUCAGGCCCGACCUGGUAGGGGAUCUGCAGGGACAGGUCCUCAGUUACAUGUGUCUACAAAAUCUCAAAGCAGANAAAACAACAGAGUAUCCGCCAAAGAUUACAUGGGUACUGUUUCUAUCUCCACUUACUGUUUUCUUUCAGCAUAA